ACCUAGAGCUUUAUAGUCCUCUGCAGGUAGAGAGGUGACUUAAUUUGGCAGUGGAUAGAUGUCCUGUAUGUGCAGUGGAGCACUCAUGCGUGGAGACACCAGACUACCUGGCUUCACGUUGUCCACUCUCAUUCUUAACUGAACAUUCCAUCUGUUAACAGGUGUGCAGAGGACAGUGACUGUACCUGCCAGGUAAUUAGACAGCCCUUGUGGCUGUAUGCAUGAACUCAGAAGGUUGGCCUUAAACUGGAGUAUAUGCAGACACCAGUGUAGGAUUGAUAUCUGACAGCAUGGAUUAAUGUGCCAGCUUUGAAGUGUCAUUGCUGUCUGGUUGUUGUUGAAGUAUCAGUUCUAUCCUAUAGCUACUUGUACCUAGGAUCUCUAGCUACCUGUACCUGUGUUGUGUAACUUGGAUGUCAUCAUGUAGGCAGUCAAAGAUAUCUAAGCUGUGAUGAACAAAAGCAGUUAGUAGAAUUGGCUGUAGUCCAGUACUGUCCAGCAAGAUGACCAGUGGGAGAUCGUCCAGCCACAGUUAUGCCUGUAAUACCCUCGUCGUCUAGGAGGAUCAAUGUUUCUACCGUGGCCAGCAAGCUGUCACAAAACAAUGCCACACCAGGGACAGCCACAUAUUUGCCUGCAAUUAAUGGAAGCAGAGUUGAUUCUCCGACCGCUCUUGAUGUGUCACCCAGCAGUGAGGCUGCAGUAACCUGGGGAGCAGGGAUAGGCUUGACUCUCCUCAUCUUGCUCCUUGCUACUCUCCAUUAUAUAAGGAAAAGAGCAAUGUCCCCCAAACAACGUCACAAGAGAAAACUGCAGCGAGAGAGGAAACGUAAAGCCACUGAAGAACAAGACAUCCAGGCAGUGUCAAGAGAGUCCAUUCCAGUGGAAAAAUUCCAAGAAGUGCUCAAGGAAAAGAAGAAACGGAACCUCUUAGAAAUUGAAUUUAAGGCUUUGAUGAGGUUUCAAGACGACUAUGCCAGUGAAGCAGCCCUACGUCCCAUCAACAGAGCCAAGAACGCCAGUCCAGAAGUGGUACCACGUAAGUUCUCUAAAUGGCUAGAUGACUUCAACCGUGUUGUGUUGGAACCAUUGUCAGAUGAUCCUGACACAGAGUACAUCAAUGCUACCUAUAUAGAUGGCUACAAUAAAGCCAAAGCUUACAUUGCUGCUCAAGGACCUACCCAGAAGACUGUUGGAGACUUUUGGCGCAUGGUAUGGCAGGAGCGCUCUCAUUGCAUUGUAAUGACAACAGGCUUAUUUGAACAUGCUAGGCAACAGUGUGAAAAGUACUGGGACAACAAGCAAGUGCGAUAUGGUGAUAUUGUGAUUCUGCAAGAAGACUGUGAUACCUUAGCUGACUUUAAUAUUAGAACCUUCAGGUUGGUCAAGCUUGAUACAGAAGAGCAGAGAGUAGUUAAACAGUUUCAGUAUGCAUCCUGGGGAGAAACUGACUGCCCUGACUGUAGCGCCAUUUUGGAAUUUAGACGUAGAAUCAAAUCUUUUAUGCAAAACAAAAGAGGUCCUAUUGUUGUGCACUGUGGCUCUGGUGCGGGCCGAACAGGCACAUUCCUUGCCAUUGACAUUGCCCUGGACAGAAUCUCCAUUGACAACACCAUUGAUAUCUUCAACUCUGUUGUCUAUCUCAGGAAUAGUCGACCAUGGAUGGUUCAGAAUUUGGAGCAAUACAAGUUUAUCUAUGAAACAGUUGUCAUCUACCUCCAGUGUAAGGUGACAGUGAUAUCUGCCACAGAGUUGCCGGCAGUGGUACAAAAACUGGCUGUCAAAGAUGAGCACACCAAGCUCAAUGGAUUUGAGAGGGAGUUUAAGACCAUGCAAAAUGUGGUUCCCAAACUAACAGUAGGGGAAUGUGCUGGUGGACAUCGGGUGGAAAACAGGAAAAAGAGCAGGGACAUCAUGCUUCAGCCACCUGAAAGAGCCAGGCCCUAUCUGCUAAGCUUUGAGAGAACAGAGAGUUCAGACUACAUAAAUGCUGUAUAUGUUGAUGGUUAUCGCCACCAACAAGCAUUCAUAGUCACCCAGUGGCCGCUCAAGUGCACUAUAAACGAUAUUUGGCGUAUGGUGUAUGAUUACCAGAUUGCUACCAUUGUUUUACUUAAUGACAUUCCAGAGUCCAGGAAUUACCCCUACUUCUGGCCAACAAAAUUAAAGGAGACAAAGAAGUAUGGGCCAGUUAAUGUCCAGUAUACCUACCAAGACACUGGGCCACAUAUUAAAACCAGGAUUUUCUCUGUUAAGAAGCGUGCAGUUUACACCAAUCUUGAUGAUCAUCUUCUAGAAUUGGCAAGUAGAAGGGUUAAAAAAAUAGACAUUCAGCUUCUGGCUCAGCUGAAAGUAUCCUGUUGUAAGGCAAACCUGGCCAGCCUGGACACCAAGGUAGAGGAGCAGGACUCCAGGACGGUCAGUAUGUUCCAGCUGACUUGCUGGCCGAGUGGACAUAAGGUGCCCACCUCCAAUUCUGCUCUACUAGACCUUCUUAACAUGGUUGAACAAAGUCAACUGAAGAACGCAGCCAGGAGGGGUCCAAUCUGCGUCAUGUCCAAGAAUGGUGUGAGUCGCUGUGGUGUGUUCUGUGCAAUUAGCAUGGCGUGCGAGAAACUGAAGGCUGAAGGAGAAGUCGACAUUUUUAAGGCAGUAAAAACUGUCAAGAUGAAUCGCCCUCAGCUGGUAGAGAAUUUGGUGGAAUAUAUCUACUGCUACACAUUUAUGGUGAUUCUCUUGGAAAAUGUAAUCGAGAGUCGAAGUGUGGAGAGACCUUUAACAGUACUUCCCUCACAAGAGAGCAGCGAACGCUCCUCCACUGCUUAUGCAUCGAGCUCAGGCCUGAGUAGUCAGCACCACCAUCGAAAGAAAAUGGGCAAUGGCACCAUCACCAUGACAGACAUUUUGGAAUCUGUAUCUGUCUACAGUUUUGAUAAUGUUGCAUUUGAGAAAGAGAGUUAUAUAAGGACAUUAAAAAGAACUUCACAGACAAGUAUUGACAGUAGUUUGUUGCAAAUAAAUGGAGGAUUAACACAAAAAGAUCCCUAUGUGAACUCAGACUGGCAUGGUAUGUCUUCCAGUAAGGGAAUGGAUCAUUAUAAUACUUAUGGCUACAUGAAUCAUGCAGGAGAGAUAACCAUAUGAUCUUAUGUGGCAAGGAUAUUCUUCAUAAUUAUCAAAUGGUGGAUACACCUUCUAUAGCAAAUAUAUAAAAACCUUUUCCCUAGUGAUUGCAGGAUUACUCAGGAUAGUACAUUGUGUACUGUUCCUUUUGGGAUUGUAUGACAAAAUCAUCACAUUGUUGCAGAGUUCAUUCUCACUGGACAGCUUGUUCACGUGGUUUCCUGUGUGGAUUUUGAUUGGCCCGUCUUGCCUUAAUGAAACGUCAAAUUAAUUCAUGUGACUGUAUUUGCAAGGGAUUUUUUUGGCCAAAAAAUACUAAAAUAACUCGAGCUUGGACAAAAAAAAAUUUCGUCCAAGGCCCAGUCUGUUGUUUUUUGGCGUGUAAGAUGUUUUUUCAUAACCAUAAUUUAUUUAUAUGGGUGAAUAAGUUGAGGGUAUUAAAAACGUAUUUUCAGCAUGACAUUUACAUCAGUUAGCAGUGGAAGUAACUGCGCAGCCCACGCUAUCGUGGAGACAAUCUGUUAAGUGCAAAGAGCUAUAUUAAAA